AUGAGUGCGUGCGAAAACGGCAGGCAGUGGCAGCGGGCUUUGGCUGGCGCUGCUCAGCGAGAUGCGGGAGGCGAAGCUGGAGCCAACAUCGUCAGCUUCAACGCUGGGAUCAGCGCAUGCGAUAAGGGCAAGCAGUGGCAGCGGGCUUUCUCGCUGCUCAGCGACAUGUGGGAGGCGCAACUGGAGCAGAACGUCAUCAGCUAUAACGCUGGGAUCAGUGCCUGCGAGAUCGGCGAGCAGUGGCAGCGGGCUUUGGCGCUGCUCAGCGCGAUGUGGGAGGCGAAAUUGGGGCCCAACCGCAUCAGCUACAAUGCUGGGGUCAGCGUGUGCGUGAAGGGCGAGCAGUGCCAGCAGGCUUUAGCUCUGCUGAGCCAGAUGCGGGAAGCUAAGCUGGAGCCCACUGUCAUCUUAAGCUACAGCGCUGGGACCAGCGCGUGCGAGAAGUGCGAGCAGUGGCAGCGGGCUUUCGCGCUCCUCAGAGAGAUGAGGGAGGCGAAGCUGGAGCCAGACAUCAUCAGUUACAGCGUUGGGACCAGCGCAUGCGAUAAAGGCGAUCAGUGGCAGCAGGCGCUGUCGCUACUCAGCGAGAUGCGGGAGGCGAAGCUGGAGCCCGACAUUCAGCCACAGCGCUGA